AGAUGGCUGCCUCCACUUUCUUACCCUUGUGAGGCCUUCGGGGACUGGCCCCGCUGUCAUUUCCCUGAAGGCCACGUCUGGUCUGCGUACUUGGGCUUAUUUGCUGUGCUUCUGAGGGAGACAUACUAACGCAAUGGCAAGGAGCCUCUCCUGGGGGGCAGGAAGGAGCUUGUGGAGCUGGGUGCCCUUGGCGUGCAGACGCUUCUCUCUUGGUAUUCCUGGAUUAUCCCGUGUAAGGGUCACCCUCCCGCCCCCAAAAGUGGUUGAUCGUUGGAACGAGAAAAGGGCCAUGUUUGGGGUGUAUGACAACAUUGGGAUCCUGGGAAACUUUGAAAAGCAUCCCAAAGAACUGAUCAGGGGCCCCAUAUGGCUUCGAGGUUGGAAAGGAAAUGAAUUGCAGCGUUGUAUUCGAAAGAAGAGGAUGGUUGGAAAUAGAAUGUUCUGGGAUGACCUGCACAACCUUAAUAAACGCAUCAGAUAUCUCUACAAACACUUUAACCGACAUGGGAAGUACCGGUAGAGACAGAUGAAAACUGUGAAAGAGGCCCAGCUAUUUCCCUGGAGAAGUGGAACAGUACUUUUCCCUAUGAGGAAAGGACUUUGUAUGUACUCUGUAAUAAAAUGGGGUUUCUUUGGAA